UAGUAAAUGCUUAAAAUAUUUCAGAGUGAAAUGUCAACGUGUAAGAAGAAGACUCGUAAGCUUAGAGGACAUGUGUCCCAUGGUCAUGGUAGGAUCGGAAAGCACAGGAAGCAUCCCGGAGGUCGCGGAAACGCUGGAGGUCAACAUCAUCACAGGAUUAACUUUGACAAGUACCAUCCUGGAUACUUUGGUAAAGUUGGAAUGAGAAACUUCCAUGUUCAUCCCAACAUAUCAAACAACUACUGCCCAGCUAUCAAUUUAGACAAGGUGGGAGCGAUUACAGAAUUAGUUCUUGGCAAGGGUGUUCUCCCCAAGCAGCCCGUCAUUGUCAAGGCCAGGUUCUUCUCUCGUGUAGCUGAGGAAAAGAUAAAGGCUGUUGGAGGAGCUUGUGUGCUUACUGCCCAGUAAAGACAUCUAUCGUUGACGUGGGGAACUUACUCAACCCAUAAAGUGCGCAAAUCAGAUUAAUCCGCCAAAUAAGUUUUAUCUGUUAACUAACAUCUUGUGCGUAUAUUUAAUGAAAUAAAUUUCUGCGUUAAAAUAA